AUGUCGUGCCUUUCCAGCAUCUUCAGCUGCUGCCUACCCUCCAAGCUCAACGAGAAGUCAGAAGCACCCACAGCGGAGCGUCCAGCUCCCAACUCCACUACCACUCAUCCCUCGAGCCCCAACCCCAGCUCAAACCACGACAUUAACAACCUCGAACCACCCCAAAAUGGCUACAACCAGGUCGUCCCUCUCCCCGCGUACACUCCCCGGCCAAUGAGCAUCCGGGAAAAGACCCUCGAAGCCCACAUGCGCGAUCCCCCAGUCUCCAACGAGACCUACCUUAGCUCAGGUGAAAAGCAGCGCCUGGCCUGGGAAGAAGCGGCCAAUUCUCCAGACUACUACCCCUACCACACCCAUCCCCGCCCCGAAGAUGUCUCCUCCGAUGCCUCUUCCGCAAUCUCCUUCCCCAGCAGCUACGGCAAUACAUCAACAGCGACUAGGGAGACGCCUCCACCACCGUACUCCCCACGGACCUGGUCCCCCGCCCCGUCUCGCUCAAUGUCGAUUUCAUCGGCGUACCGAAAUCCGCAGAUGCCGAUGGCCGCUAUCACGCAGCCGCCGGCGGCGUUUACGCGGUCCAACACGAGACGGAGCAUCGAUGAGCAAAUUACCUCUAGAACUUCAAAUGUGACCGCUCGGUCUGUGCGGAACUCGUGGGAGAGCGAGUCGCGGCGUCCGCAGUCAUAA